ACGAUCGAGAUAUUUUUCGCCCCCACCGACGACAACCGUCGACUGCUCGUAUACGUAGUAGGAGUAGUAGGACCGUAGCGCACUAGCGCCGUGUUUGACAGUGUUUGCGUGUGCGUGCGCGUCUGUAUUCGAUACGACCGUAGUGCCUUGGAAAAAUAAUGUUCAUUUACACACACACACACACACACAUGCAAAUACUUGAGGUUCACUAAGAAGUAUACACUUUAUUAUUAUUAUAUAAAUGUUCUUGCACACACGCAUAUUGUAGAGGGCGCGUUCGCGAUUUGUAUACAUAUAUAUAUAUAUAUAUAUGUAAAAACGAGCAUAUACACUAUCACGUUAUUGCUUGUAUAUGUAUAUAUAUAUUUGUGUUCAUGGUAUAUCUGAUAUCUUUAUACGUACGUCUGGUUCUGGUAUAAGUGGUGUCCCGUCCCCCGAUGUCGCUGGCUGUUAUUAUUAUUAUUAGUUUUUACUAUUGUUCUUGUUCGCCUUUUCGGUAAAACAGAACGUUUCGGUCUUAUUAGUUUGCGAUGGAGCGAAUUGUCGCCGUCGCUGCCGCCGUCGUGCGCCGAAACAAUAAUUGUUAGUCGCCGCGCACGUUGGACCCCAAUGUCCACUGUUCCGCCGCCGCCACCGCCGCCACCGCCGCCGCCGCAGCAGCAGCAGCAAUUCGUCGGCCAUUACUUCAUAAGCGACCCGGAGUGACGGAGACUAAUAGCGAGCAAUGACUGUUCUGCGCACGUACCGAUAGGUUGUGCUCAGUCGGAUAGACAGUCAGUCAGAGACAAUAUUCUUCACCAGCGACGUUGACCGCUGCUACAGCUUGUUGCCGAGCCCUGAUCGUUCGUUUGCACAGCGAACAAAUGCUGUUGACAUCCACUACUAGUAUCCAUUAAAGAGUGGUGUUGCGCACGUCACCGAAGACGCAAUGGCUGUUCAUCGACACGAAGAAGGAUCUACAUCGUCGUCAAUGUCCAUCGGUACCAUCGAGCCCAUGACAACGAUUGAUUGUAGUCGGAAGAGGAUUCACAGUGAAACAGUUGAUUUGGAUAUCGAUGAAAAUACUAAGAACACACAUAUAAGUUCAAACAAAUUUCCUAAGUAUGUGGAUUGUCAAGAAACGUUGGUGGAAAUGUCAUUUAUUAAAUGGUUAGCUGGUUUUCGGUUGGAAUGUCGCAUGAUUUCAUGCAGUACACAUACAGAACUCUUCAUUGGAUUAUUCAAUUUUUUUUGUCUGAAUAUAGGGCCAGAAAUGGUUGACUGCAGAAAUAAAAUAAAUAAAUCAACUCUUUUGAAAUCUUAUCUAGAACAAACUAUGAUGUUUUUUCGAGGAUACUAUAAACGCAUAAAAAAAAUAAAAGGGGAUACUUUGGAUAUUUUAUAUUAUGAUAGAAUGAGUUCAAUGUUGGCAUAUUACAUUGAUUUGAAACUAAUGUCAUCUCAGCGUUAUAGAGGAAACUCAUCACACAAAAAAACUUCAAGUAAAAUAAAUACGAUGAUAUUUGUUUUUUUAGAUCAGAAACUUGAUUAUAUGUUUGAUUCAGUAUUUCAAUUAUACUAUGUAUUUUAUGGUUCUGUUAAUAUUAAUUUAGGAUCAACAAUGCUUCCAGUUUUUAAAAAGUUACUAUCUGAACAUCCAAUGCCUAAAAAUGUGAAGUUUUUAACUUACUUGCGAUAUAUUUUAUGUUUUAAACUGUGGAAAAAAAUAAUCCACUCCUCGGGCAUGGCUAGUUCUGUUAAGAGAAAGGAAUUGGACAAUAUAAGAUUAUUAUUAAGAGGGUUGAAUGUUCCAUAUGAUUUUAUGAGUCAACAUGAAAAAUAUAAUUGGUCUAAUUGGCCAAAAUUGACAAUGUCUCCAAACGGAACACCAGAUACAAUACAAAGAGAUUUAAAAAAUGUUACUUUUAUUUUGUAUGGUGCAAAUUUAUCACUCAAAGAGUGUUACAAGGAUAUAUUGGACGCUUCAAGAAAAGAUAUCCCAAUAUUAUUUAAACCAAUUGAAGAACAUUUAAAAAUAUUACGACCAGAAUUAUUUGCAAUUCCAGGAAAAGAAGUAUUGAAAAAUUGGAAUGAAAAUUUUGAUGACACUCUAAAACCACUUAUUCCAACUACACGUUCUUGUAAUAGCUUGUUGAGAAAAAUCAAGUAUAAUUUUUAUUCCUCAGAAAAGUAUGAAUUUCUUGAUGAUGAAACCGAUCAAAUUAGUUCUAUUGCAAACAUUGAUGAUUUAACCAAUUUAAAUCACUUAGGAGAAAGUUCAGAAGGUUUUCCGUUACCGGUGAAAGAUAACAAACAUUCUGAUAAAAAAUGUAUGGAAAAAACCAAUCCUUUAAAUUCAUCAAAGAAUAAAGUAAAUGCUGAAAGCAAAAAUGAUGAAACUGAGAGAUCUUCUGUUCCAAUUAAUCUUGUACAACUACCAAGCGAUGAUGAAAUUCAAGUCGAUGAUGUAAUACAGGUCGAUGAUGAAAUUCAAAUCGUUGAGAAAAAAUCAAAAUCAUCUGAAAAACAUGCAUUACACAAUAGUGAAGAAAGAUUUGAUCCUACAUUAUCUAAUAAUGAAAGUAGACUAAAUUACAUGUCUGAAAUUACAAGUGCUGUUCAUCACUCCUAUGGACCUGGAUGUUCCUUUGCCAAAGGAACUAAAAGAAAUCAAUAUUCAUCAUGUAGUGAAAAUAGUAAAAACAAAAAAAUUUGCAGAACAAAGUCUAAGCAUGAAAAAAAUGUAUCAAACCAAAUUGUUGAUUCUGAUUGUCAGAACUUGAAAAUUGAAAAUAUUAGUCAUGACACUACUGAUAAUUCAGUGCUUGAAAAUCUAAAAAAUUCUCAAGACAUAAAUGGAGUUUCUCAUCUAAUGAAUAAAUCUUUAACCAAAGAAAAUAAUUGGAUAACAAAAGCAUCACAUCCUGAAUUGUCUAUAACUGCCGUCUUAAAUUUGAAACAUCCACAGACUAAUUUUACUGUCAGUGACAAAGACGAAAUCCUAAGAAAUUGUACUUCUAAAAUUAUUGAUCUAAGUAGUGAUCAGGAUGAUACUGCUUCCCCUUCGAGUGACAUUCAGUGGCCUAUAAAGUUAUCUCAUUCUGAUCCAUAUUCCCCAGAAUCUAAACCAAUGGUUGAUAAUUCUGAGCAAAUGGAAAUUGAAACAAGUUCAGAUACUGAAGGUAACAAUAGUCCAAAGGCUGAAAGUUCAUUUAUAAGAAAGUCCAAAGAAAUAAUAUCUAAAUUAAUUUCAUCCAGACGAUCUAUCAAUGAAAAUGAAAAUACUCAAAUUUAUGCUUUGCCUAUGGAACAGAAAUUAUCUCAUGUAGAACAUCCUUAUGUUGAAAAUACCAUCAAUUCAAAUACACGAGACUUGGAAGUAGUAAAUGUGUUAUCUCCUGUUUCUAUUAACUCAACUGAUAUCCCUAUGAAUAAAAGUUCAUGGGUUCCUGAUAUAUCAUUGGUACAUGCACAUAAUGAUCAUAAUGAUAUUGACUGUGAUCAUUCUCAGUCUUCAUUACAACAAUUGAAUGGUUUAUGUAAUUCAAUUAACAUUAACACCAGUCGUGUUACUAAUCAAAAUAGUGAAGUUGAACAUGUAAAUAAUAUGCAGUUGGAAACUCCAGUUAUGUCAAGGCCAUGUUCUUACAAUCGAAUUGAACCAAGAAUAUUUCCUGACGAUUCAUAUACAGCUGCUUUGUCUCCUAGUGAAAGUUCAGUUUCAAAUUCAGCAUAUGGUACUUUGUAUGAUGUAAAUCGAAUACCUUUGGCAGCUUCUGUUAAACCUAUUCCUGUUACUGUGUCUCCAAAAGAUGUAGCACAUGAAUUAAAUGAUUCGAGUAGUAGCAUUUAUCACAAUAGUACAAUGAACGUGUGUUUUAAUGAGUUGAAGACAAAAUCUAUUAUAGAACAGUCUUAUAAUUUUGCAAUGAAUAAAUCUAGACCAACUGAUAUUAUAGAACGAGGUAAACAUGAUGUUAUUGAUGUAGUUGUUUCGGAUGAAUUUAGUGAUGUUGAUUCAAUGGACUUAAGAAUUAACAGUGCUGAACCCAAAGAUAUUAAAUCGUGCGCAAAUAAUUUAUCAAUGUCUAGUCUAAUAUCAACUGACUUAAAAUCUAUUAAUACAAUUAAUAAUUUUGAAAAGUGUGGUAAUUGGUCUACUAUUAAAAAUCCAUCUGAUACAUCUAACCACCAUCAAAAGCAAAAAUUAAAAAUAUAUACAGAUCCAACAGAAAUGAUUUCAGUACCAAUUAAUCUGAAUACACAGUCUGUAAUGCCGAUUAAUUUGAAUGAAGCACAUGUACAAAAGGUGUUUUUAGGAAAUAAAAGUCCUCCACAAGUAUAUUACAGUCCAAUUGCUGAUUUCCGUGUUUCAUCAGAUAUAGAUAUGAUAAAUCAUGGAAAUAUAGAAGAUCCCAAUUUAAUUCAUUUUAAGAAUAGGCAGAGAAGUUGUGUAAACAUGUGUUCAAAUGAUAAAUAUAUUCAUCCUAUGUUACAACAAACUGAUAAUGAUCCAAAUAUAAAACAAACACUAAUAAAUGGCUAUGAUGGAGUUCUUAAUCAAAAUUCAUCAAUUAUAAACAAUGGACUUCUAUACAAAUACCCAAGAUCUGACAGUAACACAUCUGUUAGAUACGAAAAUCCUCUUUUACUACAAAAUAAAAAUCCAGAAUGCAUAUCACCACACAAUGGGUUACAAUAUUCAAGUUAUGAUCAGAUGCUAGGAUCAAGUUUGUUGGAAGACCCAAAUCAAAAAGAAGAACAGUCAAUAAUCAAUAUGACACAUUUAAUGCUACAGUCUAGUAAAAAUUGUAAAGUGCAUUAUAAAUGGCCUUUAAAUAAAAACAAAAGUCAAACUUCUUCACACGGAGUACUUCCAAAAUCUUUUCAAAGUCAGGAUUACAAAAGAAAUUCAAAUGUUUUAUAUAAAUACACUGAUGAUGAAUUAAAUCAAAAAUUGUCACCAAAUGAAAUUCCAAACCAAUGCAAUACUUUGUCAUUUAAUGAAAGAAUAAACAACAACACUUCAAUUCAGCCCAACCAACAGUUCCAAGACUUACCUAAUUACAUUGCACCAGAUCAUCUUUCACCUACCAUUCAAUCUGGAUCUGAUUCCAUUGAUGAAAACACACAAAUUCAAUCUCGAGCAAUUCCAAAUUUUGAAAGUAAUUUGAGAAUUGAACCAACUGAGCAUCGAGAAAUGUAUAGAAAUACCAAAAUAUCAAGUCAAAGUAAAGAGUCGAGCAUAUCAUAUAGCAUUGAUGCUUUUGAAGCAGCUAACUACUUAUUCAAUUGUGGUAAGUUAUUUUUAUGCAUGUAUUCAAAAUGUACCAACAGACAUCAUUUCCGUGUUAUACCUUCCAAUGCUGAAAUGCUGCGGCAUGAGUUCACUGUACCAUUUGAUGACUUUCGUUUUAAUAUACAGUAUAAGUAUAAACAGUUAUUAACUUCAAACCCAAGAACAUGGCCUAGUGUACCUGAAUUAGUACAGUUACCUAAACGGUGCCUGUGUGAAAUUUGUGGUGAUUUUGAUUCUAAAUUAAAUCAAAAUCAAGAUAUGUUAUAUACAUAUGUUGAAGGAAAAAGGCCAAGUAUUGAAGAAGAUAAUUGUGAAAAUGAACAGCCUACAAAUACACUAAUAACAUUGAGUUGGAAAAAACAUUUGGCACAUCGUUUUACUUCAGAAGAUGUUGAAAAACAGUCUAUUUCUCAGAUGAUAGAGGAUAUGGAAAGACAUAUAAAACAUUUUGUAUAUGCUUUCACAAUUAUUUUUCCAUUAAAUAAAGAUGUAAAAAACAAUUUACAAAAUUUACAAAAUGCAUGCGAAAGUUAUUCAGAUACAGCUAAUGAUAAUAAUAAAUCAUUGAAUCCUGAAUGUAAAGAAAAACUUGAUAUUGGGCAUAAAUAUUUUAACAAAGACUUAAUUCUUCAUUAUUAUCAAUAUUUACAAGUACCUAAUAAAGUUAUACCAAAACAUGUUUUGGAAGAAUUAUCCAGUUCAUCGUACCAGCCACCUAAUCAAAACUUAUUAGCUACUUCACAUCAGUUUGAUGAAGAACAUUUUCCUAAUGAAAUAAAUAGAUAUUUUGUAAAGAAUUCACAUAGUCCUUCAUAUCAAUCAAUAAACCUGAAUUUACCUAAUCAGUCUUUAAAAUAUGUUCAUGAAAAUUUAUCAAAUACAUCACAUCAAGCUGCUGUAGAGAAUUCACCUAGUACAUCACAUCAAUCAUCAAUUGGAAAUCUAACCAGUUCUUCUCAUCAACCCAUUUUAAAUAAUUUUCCUACAACAUCACAUGGGAUCUCUCUGGAUACUUGUUCUUCUUUAAAUGAUAAAGGUUCAAAACAUAAUCAUAUGUCUCGUUAUUAUUCUGAUGGACAAAUGUAUACAGAAUUUCCUCAAACAUAUCUUCAAGUUCCUAAUGCUCAGUUUCCAAAUUCUUCGACAAAUUCAUACUAUAGCUCACCUGUAAAUAUGCCAUCAGAUAAUUCUGUGCCAUUUUGUUCUCCAAGUUUAUCAAUUAACUCUGUGCCUCAUUCACCGUCAUCAGAUUGCAGCAUACCAUCCUUGGUUGAAACUAUUGCUACUGCUGUACCUGAGCAUGCUUUGUUAGAUGAUAGUUUAGAAGCGGUUAAUGCUGCUCAUAACUUAAUGUUGAUCUCAAACCGCCAUAGGUACAACAGUACUACUUCAAUUACAAAUACUAAAACUACCGACACUAUUACAGUCACAAGUACUGCAAAUACUAAUUAUAAAACUGUUAAAAAUUCUAGUAUUAAUACAGCUGAUAUUAAAGCUAAUAAAAUUUCCACAGCUGAUACUACAGUUAAUAAUAUUUCUCCAGCUGAUACUACUGCUAAUAAUAUUUCACUCAUCGAUUCUACUAAUAACAAUAUUUCCACAACUUGUAAUUUGAGUGAGACUGUACAACCUGCUAUAACUGAACCAGAGGAUCAAGAAACAGAUUUUGUCCACAAUAGUCGAAGAAAAAAGAAAAAGAAGCAUGAUAAAAAAAAGGAUAAGAAAAAAAAGGGAAAACGUUGAUGAUAUUUAUUAAUUU